CCAUCAACCUCAGCGCAACCCAUCCUAGGACAACGAGAGUGAAGAAGGACAGAACUGCUUAUGGCAUCAGCGCGGUUCAAGAACGUGAUUGCAAGCCAACUGGCCAAAGUCACAGGAGGGGAUGCUUCGGCCAUUGCAAAGGCGAUCGAUCGACCCAAGGUCAAGGGACACGGAACGUUUGCGGUACCCCUGCCUCGACUCUUUCUUUUGACCAAUGUUCCCAAAAAAAAAAUCCUUGAUGGAGCCGGCAAGCCGGAUCGACUGCAGGAUAGUGGACCUAUAAGCAAGAAUCAUGGUGUACAGGAUAUGAAGGCGCAAUUGCUCGGGAGGAUACAGCAUGAGUUUGAUAUGACUGGUCCGAUCCGAUCUGUCAGCCCUGUGGGCCAGUUCCUGAACUUCUCUGUCGACGAACGCCAAUACACGCGAGACACCAUCCAGGAUGUAAUCAGAGCCGAAGAGACAAAAGCGCAAUACCUUUCACAACUAUCGUCAACAUCAGCAUCAUCUCCAUUAUCAAGAUCAAAACAGUAUGUGGCAAGUCUUGGCUACGGCAUGGAUCCAACCAUCGGACAGGGCCAAGUGAUCGCCAUCGACUAUAGCUCCCCUAAUAUUGCUAAACCCUUUCACGGGGGACAUUUGCGUGGAACGAUUCUCGGAAACUUUGCCACAAGACUGCUGAGAGGAUUCGGAUAUCAGGUCGUAGGCAUCAACUAUCUUGGCGAUUGGGGCAAGCAGUACGGUCUAAUGGCUGUGGGAUUCGACCGCUAUGGAGACAGGACAAAGCUGCAUCGGGACCCCAUCAAACAUCUGUACGACGUCUAUGUCAAGAUCAACCGCGACAUCACCGAAAACCCUGAACUCGACAAAUUGGCUAACCAAUACUUUAAGCAGAUGGAAGACAAUGAGCCCAAGGUCCUUUCCCUUUGGCAAGAAUUUCGAGCCUUGUCGAUCGAUGUCUACAAAAUCAUGUACAAGCGGCUCGGAAUCGAGUUUGAUGUCUAUUCUGGCGAAUCCGAGAGUGCCAAAUAUGUGCCUCAGGCGUACGAUCUUUUGCGGAAGAAAAAUCUACUCAAGGAACAGGAGGAUGGCGCCUGGGUCGUGGACCUCACAGAGCAUGGAUUGGGUGUUUGUGCACUUCGUAGAGCGGAUGGAACGACCUUGUACCUGACUCGAGAUGUAGGCGCAUGCCUGGAACGAGUUGAGCGGUUCAAGUUUCAUCGACACCUGUAUAUGAUUGGAGACGACCAGAACCUGCAUAUGAAGCGGCUCUUCAAGAUCAUGGAAUUAGCAUUUGCGGAGGAGGCCGCAGCCGCAGAAGCUGCAGGGGCUUUGCCGCACUGGAGUCGUUCCCUACAACAUAUCUCGUUCGGAAAAGUUCAGGGCAUGUCAACACGCAAGGGCAAGGCUGUGUUCCUGGAGGAUAUUCUCGACACGGCACAGAGCACUAUGCUGGAAAAGAUGAAGGAGAACGAGUCAAAGUUCGAAGCUGUCAAGGUGUCCUUCCAAGGAAUUGCAGGCGAAACCAACAAGGACGAGGAGGAUGGCGUAGCAUUAGUGGCAGAUCAGCUAGGUAUCUCAGCAGUCGUCAUCCAGGAUUUCCAGGCACGCAGUUCGAAAGGCUAUGAGUUCAGCUGGAAGCGCAUGACUGAGUCGACAGGCAAUACAGGCAUCUAUCUCCAAUACGCACACGCGCGUCUCUGCGGAAUCGAGAGCAAAUCUGGCACGCCCCUCAAUCCGGACGCCAACACCGACCUCCUCAUAGAACCCGAGGCGUUUGAUCUCGCGAACGCGAUUUCGAUGUACCCGGACAUAACGCUUCAGACCCUUCAGACUUUUGAACCGUCCAUGAUCGUCAACUAUCUCUUUAACUUGUCGCACGCGAUCAGUUCUGCAAACCAGGUCCUGCAGGUCAAAUCUGCAGUCGAGGCUGGGCAGCACGAUCUGGCCGAGGCACGUAUGUUGCUCCUCUGGGCUGCCCGUGUGACACUUGGUAACGGUAUGCGUAUCCUGGGAUUAGAACCCUUGGAGCGGAUGUGAAAGAAAGGCGCCCGAUCACAUUCGUACAUGACAAUUGCACUUGUAAAAUAAAAAU